UGCGACGAGCCAGUUGUUGUUCAGCUUUCGUUCGGUCGAGACGUGUCGGGUUGUGUACGGACGGACGUGCGCGUGUUGAGCUUUCGGUUUGCUCUCUUCCUUUUCCACACACACUGGAUACCACCAUUAAAAAGUUCUUCUUGCUGUUGUUCUUGGAGUGCUGAACCAAGUCAACGACGACGAAAAAGAGUGGAACCAUUCAUCAGUUUGUGAGCCCGGUACCAGCGCAAAGAGGAACAAGGGCGGAGGACACGCUGCUGGGCAAAAGUGGUGUUUUGUGCAAUCUCCUCCGGGGUGUUCCUGUACCAGCGGGUCCCGCAACAAAAGGAUUAAUGAAACCUGGGUCUCCCGAGUACAGAGCGCGUCGUGAAUUUCGAUAAUCAUUAAUCUCGCGCGAACAGUGCUGGUGAAAAGAAAAAAACGCUCGAAUAUCUUGGAAUUCACCGGGAGAACUGUGUGAAAGUAGCUACCGGUUAUUUACCAAACCGGGCCAAGUGGAAAAUAUCACUAACAGUUUGGGCCAUUUGGUUCGGGCGUUGAUGCGAACCGUUUGAACCGCCCGAAAAAGAAAAGAAGAAAAACAACGAGCGUAAUGAAAGACGGCGAACUAGAAGCAGCUUAGCCAGCGGUAGCAGAUUGAAGUGGAGAAUAUUCUGCAACAAAAAAAGUCUGCAGAGAAGAAACCAAAUUAGUGGGCGCGCGCGACCGAGAGAGAGAGAAGAUAAUGAGUGAGUGGAGCGCGGUGAGUGCGCCGCGAGAGUAAUCAGUUAAAUUGAGUGCACCGCGAAAAAAAAAGAGUAAGAAAGCGCAAGCAUAAAUCAGUGCGUAACUAGUGAUUACAGGUUGAUUUGGGAAAGAGUGCUGCUUCGACGAUCGAAGCAAAAGUGAUCAGUGAGCGGAGUGUCUCCUGCGACGAGAGAAGAAACACGGGGUAGAACGAGAAGCCGGAAAGAAGAAGAGCACGGAGGAUUAGGUGUUUUGUAUCGUGCUGAGAUUCGAACCGAGGGCCCAUAAAAAUUGCAUAAAUCUAAGCGCGUCCGAGAGAGAGUGAUGAUAUAAAUCAAAUUCUGGCCCUGCCCGAAAACGUAAGGAUAUCUAACGAGCAAAAAGAGGAGAAGUAAGUGCUUGGGAAGAUUGAAGGAAAAAAUAAGCAAAAAGAGGAUAUAAAAUUGAUAUUUAUUACGGCGAGUGUCCGUCCAUAACAGGGGUGAACGCAGCGAAAGAGAAGAGGAAUCACCGCAGCUGAGAAGAGAGAAGAGCCAAUAUAGAGUACACUCACAUCUAUACAUAUACACGAGAGAGCAAGUGCGCUACAGAUCCGGUUUCACAGUGCAAGUGACGAAGUGUGUUUUGCAACCUGAAAAAAAAAGAAGUUUAAAAAAUUAAAUUCUGGUUUACGGUUGUGAAUAAGUGCCCUCUUCUGGGGUCGAAAAUUGACGAGUGUUGUUGUCACUCAGCAUGAUUGGAUACACUGACCGGGCUGACUUCCACAGGAUUCUACCUUCCAGUAGUGACGUGUGCCUUGCCAAGGCAUGUUGGGGCCCACGGCCAAUGGUCGCCUAGUAGGACCUGGCAUCGUCGGUUCUUCCGCCGGGACCUUGUCACAGCAGCAGCACCAUCACCGGAACCUAUGGCCACCCGUGCCCACCAGUGCUGCCAGCCGUGCGUUCGAGUUCCAAACCAAUGGCGAAGUGACAGAAUCGCUGUUUGCAGCAGGAGGGUAUAACACGCCCCCGGCUAGCUCGCCGUUCCUGCCCUGCACCCCGCUCGAGCUGGUCGCCAAGAACUUCCACAGUGCCGGCGCGGCCGUCACCUUUAGCCAAGCCAACAGCAGCAUCUUCGUGCAGUCGCAGACGGACUUUAUCAAUGGAACCACGUCGGUUGCCAAGAAGACGGAAACCUGCAUCGGGAGGUGGGAGCACGGCACGCUAGAACCGCUGCAGAUCCAGGUACCUCCAGUACCAUCCGUAACUAAUUUAGACAUAAAGACCGAACAUAAUGGUCCCGACAGUCAGAUUACUUACGCUAGCAGUAACCUUAAUACCCAUACCAAUACUAGCUAUGAAUCCGACGGAUUAGAUCAGCGCUAUCAUUACUAUCAACAACAACAACACCACCACCAACUGGAACAACAACCCCCGAUCCUAACUAGUACCUCUGCUCGUAACACCUCACUGCUGGCACGACAACAUCGUCGCCGUCACCGUCUACGAUACUCACUGGAAGACGACUCCAGUAGCAGCAGCAGCAACUGCAACACUAACACCCUCGAUCAAGUACUAACCCCGACGACGACCACCAACACGGUGACCACCGCUUCGUUGCACUCCUUCUCGUUGAUCCCGAUCAUCCCGGAGCAGCAGCAGCAGCAACCCCAGCAAUCGCGACGUCCUGCGGACUGCAGCGUUAUCGUAACGGCACCGCCGCGAAACAGUCAGCGGACCCCGUGGGUAGAGCAACUCCACAUUAAACGCGAACCGUGCCAAGUGUCCGAGGUGACCACAUCGAACAACUUCGAGACUAGCAGCAGCAGCACGGCCCUGACCGCGGUCGUCAAGCUCGAAGCGCAGUCCCCGAAGGGUCAACAACUGCAUCAGCAGCAAACGAUGGACCACAUCGGGAUCACGACUAGCCAGCAGCAGCAGCAGCAGCAGAACAAUGCCAUCCCGGUCGGUAUUGCCGUGGCCCGCCAGCGGCUCCAGGAGUCGACGACGGCGGCGGCCUCCCAGCUGCACCAGGCCAAGGAGCUGAACCGGUUCGGGAUCGGACUGACCGGGACGGGGGCGGAUUUGGGCUGCACCACGCCGAGUCUGGCCCAGAACAUGUUCUUCGCCGGCACCAACUCCACCAUGAUACCGCUGACGGCGUCCGCGUCCGAUGCCGUCACGAUGGGCGUGACCAACGCCGCCGCCGUCCAGAACGCCGUUAGAACGCCACCCGCCCUCUGGCAGUACCCCGGUUGUCAGCAGCAGCAGCCGUCGAACCAGGCCGCGGAUAAGAAGGUGGUCGGUUAUCUGGUCAUUGAUAGGGUCGUUCCGCCCGCCGACGAGGUCGCCAAGAAAGCCCCCAUCCCGAUGGAAUCGAUGCUACCGAUGCCACCGAUGCCGCCGGUCGGCUUUCAGCUGGUGCGAGACCCGGGCAGCGGACAGAUUCUGUUUCUGCCCGCGGCGACGACGAUCGCCAAUCCAACCAACCUGCUAGAUAAAAUCUUUAUUUCCUGUGUAGAACCAUUCCAACAGACGGUGCUGUGGCCCUCGUACCCCCAGUCGACGGCGAUUCAGCCGCCGCACCUGCUUCUGCCGCAAAUUCCGCAGCAGCAGCCCCAGCAGCAGUUGCAACCUCCGCCGCUGGCACCACUGCAGGUGCUCAGCUCGGACUACCUGGCCACGGCCAGCAGUACCACGCUGCACCAGCUGACGGGGGAUAGCCAGUGCAAUGGCCUGGACAAGAACCCGCUGAAGCUGAUUUCGCCCUUUCCGGCGUCGAUUCAGCAGCAACAGCACACCCAAACUCAUCACAGCACACGGUACCUGGCGUUGGCAUCCGAUGGAUGCGGAAACAAUAGUGCAAACAUCAAGCGGACAACGCUCAACACGAGCAGCAAGCAGAUGCAGCUGAACAGUAUCCCCGCACCGGCACCCAUUCAGCCGUCCAUACCGAUGCCAAUUCCGUCGCAUACGUUUAUCAAAAUUGAAGACUGCUCCGGACCGGCCACGUCCAACUGUCACAAUCCGGUACAGCAGCUCUUCCACGAACCGGAAAAGACCAUCCAAACGGCUACGAUCGCCACCUCGCCGGACAUUGCUCCACAGCUGCUCUUCCAGCAGGGCAAUCUCAUCCAGAUAGCACCUUCCAAACCUGCCACCAUCCUGGAUCACACGGCACUCCUGCCCACGAUGGCCAACCCAAUCACGCCACCUCCCUCAACCGUCCCUGCCCCGAUCGUACCAAGCCCGCAUCUGCUACAGCAGCAGGAAAUUCCCGCUGCCACGUGUCUCACACCACCGCCAGAUCAGUCGAUCGCGGCUCCGGUGGAGUCUUCGGAAGCCAGCGUUCCCGAAGUGCAGGACGCCAACGUCCAAACCGACACACCGGUCAUGAGCGAGGAUGACAACACGGUUGGCACGGACGAUGUUCCGCAGCAGCAUGACUCCGCUACGCUUACCACAGAGGAGUCCCACUUCCAGGAAUGCUUCCCGCAGCAGCAGCAGUCGUGCGAAAACUUGUGCCAUACUAGCAUCAUCAACAGCAGCGCCGACUCGGCGAUCGAGCCGGACAUGUCCGUCGGGCAUUCGAGCAUCAACACCAGUACUAGUACAAACUGUGAUCAAGUGGAUAUGGAGGUGGAAGACGGCGCGAUCAGCUCGACAGCUGUUCCCGUCGUCGAACACCCAAAAGCGUUAACGGUGAACGCCAACUGCGGAGGCCUUCGGAUACCAAAGCUGGAGAUGCUUUCUCCUACCGAAAACCCACCACCGCUCGAAGAACCACGACCCGAGCAGCCACCCCAACAGGAGCAUCCCGUCGACCUGAGCGGUCUGGAACUGCUCUCGCGAAGCAUCGAAGUGUUCCAGAAGAAGGCGUCCAUGAUCAAGAAGGAGCCGAUCUCACCACAGCUUCCACCAGAACCCCUCCCACUUCCUCCACUGGUUCCAUGCGAACCCGUCGUUAGCCAGCCAGAACCGGCGAACAGUCCUGUCCCCACACCUGCUCUACCAACCCCCGAAACCUUCAUCCGAAGUGACGAACCCAUGGUCGGUCUAAACCUGCUGUGCGCCCUCGCCGAGCAGCGCUUCCAGGAGGAGGGCAUGUUCAAGAAAGACUCCCCGGCAAUGUCUCCAGCGGAGCAACAGGACCCGCCACCCGCUACCCCUAGUCCGACGGUGGAGGACGAAGUUCCGUCGUCGCGCAAGCGCAAACACAAACAUUCCAAAGAGUCGCGAAAGUCGAGCAAGAAAUCGAAACACGAUCGCGAGCAGAGGCGCGAUCGCAAGCGGAAGCACAGCUCCGAGGAGGACGAGUUUGGUGGGGAGCUGAAGGAGAGCUACCGGCGGAUUAAGACGAAGCUGGAGAAGUGCUCCUGCAAGGACGCGGACGAGCGGGAUCACCGGUGUUGUGGGGUGUGGCCGUCGGCGAACGAGCUGUUCAAUGUGAUGGAGUCGGACAUGAAGCAGCGGUUGGUGAGCAUUACGAGGCAGUGCGAGGAGAAGAAGCGCGAGCUGGAGCAGAUGGCUUGUACUUCGGUGGCGAAGGUUAAGCCGAUGACGGCGAUGGUCCGGAUACCGGACAUUGGCAAAUCGUAUUUAAACGGAGCGUUUGGCACGACGAGUACCACCUUGUCGGCGCCAAAGUUCAGCACGAUCCCAGCGUUGUCGCCAAGCUUCUCCUCGUCCUCCAACUCGACUUCGUUCGUGGAGCUGCCCAAGCUGAGUUCGGACACUGACUCCAGCAAGCUGGAAGACGCCGACUCCAGCUCGAUCGAGCGGUUAUCCUUCUCCAAGCGGAAGGGUGGCGUCCCCAAAAAACACGACGAUAUCGCCCUGACCGAGACGAUCGUGGCCAAGAAACCCAAGAGUCUGGUAGGGUACAUCCUGGCCUCCAAGAACCGAGUUGGAGACAGUAACGUCAAAGAGACCUCCCAGCAGAAGGCGUCCUCUUCCCACCACGGAAACGGCUUCGCCGACCAGCUCAAGAAAAAGUCCCCCAUCCACUCGUCCAAGUUCGAGAGCACGACCAGUGACGACACCAGCAACCUGUCGGACAGCUCGGCCAAGCAGCUCAAGAUCAAAUCCCCUCCGUUCAGUUUCGACGACGAAAACAGCAAACCGUCGGACGCCGCCUUCUCCAUCUUUGGCGGCAAGCCGUCAAUCUUCGACAAGAUCAAGUCCGCGACAGCGGCCGCUUCACUUCCAACCCUACCACUCGUCCCGAACCCCUCCGCAAGCAAGCACCACUCGUCGUCCAAGUCGCACAAAAAGUCCCGCAGCAGCAAGGAGCGCAAGCGGCGGAGAAGUUCCGAAAAGCGGCGCAUCGAUCAGCGCUGUAUGCUGACGAGUGAGCACCUGAACCAGGAGAAGACGCGGGUGCUGUUCGCCCUUGGGGGGUUGUUCUACGCCGGGUGCUUGAGUGCGGUGCAGCCGCCGGAUAUCUACGCGGUCACGCUGGACGGAGAGCGCGGCAACAGGCCGCACAUCGAGUCCCGGGAGGAGGUGCUGCGUGAUGCGAUCCUCGAGGUAGCUCCGAAAUCUGUGGACGAAAUCCCGCCGGGAACGCGCCUUUGCGCGUACUGGAGCCAACAGUACCGCUGUCUGUACCCGGGCGUUGCGGCCGAGCCUACCUCGCCGGACCCCGAGAAGCGGUACGUGAAUGUGGAGUUUGAUGACGGUGACAGCGGCCGGAUCGCCCUGGAGGACAUCCGGUACCUGCUGAGUGAUUACCCGAUAGUCGAAUACGAUCCAAAUCCUCUUCUAUCGCUAGGCAAGAGAAAACGCCAGCCCAGUGUGUCGGAGGUGGGUUCGACCACCGUCACGACGACGACGACCUCCUCGUCGGCGGCGGCUGCCGCAGCCGGUUCCACCGCCACCACGAGUACAACGAUCACGACCACGAACUGCUUCGCGAUCAUCAGCAGCGAGCGCACGUCUGAGAAGCGAGUCCACGACGACGCCUACCGGGAAGAGCGCCGCCGGCUGAAGAAGAUCCGCAAGGACAAACUGCGCCGGCUAGCGGCCACCAAUGCCGAAGUUCCGGCCGCGUCAGCCGGACACAAGUCUCACAAGAAAAAGUCCAAAUGCUACGACGAGCUGUGCAAGCACCGGAAGCACAAGAAGCGAAGAAAGCACAAGAAGCACCACCGCGAGUCGCACCAGCAGGACGUUCCGUCCUCGCCGGAUGGCGACGCCGUUGACGACGACAUUUCCCAGGGGGACAGCGCCUCGCAAACGGCGGCCGAAGCACCGUUCAGUCCGGCGUCGACGACGACGACCACCGACAAGCUCGACGAGCCCGAGUUCAACCCGAGCCUCAAGGAGGACACCAUGACCGAGGAGGAGGCGGAAUCGUCGAUUACGGAGAGUUCCGGAUCGUACUAUCAACCCGCGAAAAAGUCCGGCGGCGCGGAAAAGCUCGAGAAGCGCCAAUCGACGGAGAACGGCAACAGCAAGAUUGCGGCGUUCUUACCGGCGCGCCAGCUGUGGGCCUGGUGCGGCAAGGGCUAUCGGAGGUCGACGGGGCGCGUUAAGAAGCAGUUCUACAAGUCGAUCCAGCGAGGGAAGGAGACGAUUUCGGUCGGCGACAGCGCCGUCUUCCUGUCGACGGGCCGGCCCGACCGGCCCUACAUCGGCCACAUCGAGUCGAUGUGGGAAACGUCCACCAACAACAUGGUCGUCCGGGUCAAGUGGUUCUACCACCCGGAGGAGGCCGAGGGCUGCCCCAAUCUCAAGUAUCCGGGUGCUCUGUUCCAGUCGCCGCACGAGGACGAAAACGACGUGCAGACCAUCUCGCACAAGUGUGAGGUGCUCGCGCUCAAGGAGUACACGGCCAAGUUCGGGGCCGACCCGCGCCAGUACAGUGCCAUCUACGACAACAACGACACGUACUACCUGGCCGGGUACUACGACCCGACCGUCGUGACGAUCCGGAUGCAGCCGGACAUUGAGGUGCUGCCCGGAGGUGAGCGAUGGGUUAAGACGGACUAAACGCGGGAGGGGAAGAGGAAUUCGGAGCGGUGCAAUUUUUGGAAAAAAAGAUAAUUUCGAGGCAAUUCAAAGACUUGAGCAAAAUAUUGGUAGAAUUAGGCUGGGGAAGUCUUCAAAAGAUUUCCGUCGCAAAGAAAAUUACAUGGAAACAAAUCAGUUAAAAUUAAGAAGCACUUUGAAAAAGUGUGUUUGUAAAAUUACUGUUAAUAGUACGUAAGUUCUGUAAAGUUUGUAAAUAAAACAAAUAAAUAAUCACAAUUUGCAUCUAAAUGUCAACACUCAAGUGGUUAUCUAUUGCAACAUGUGGCGCCCGAAACAAAACAAAAACAACAACAAAGAGUGGUAAUAUAUUUUUCUACCUGAUGAGAUUUUUAACGUGUAGUACGGACGAAAGAGCUUUUGGAACGAAAUUCGAAAUACCUCUGCUAUACAUUGAUAUCAAACAAAAAACACUAACGAAAGCAAGACAAAAAUGCAACAUAUUUUGGACUGACAGGCGAAAACGCUUGAAAUUGUGAAAAAAGAAACAUUUAGAAUCACGCAACAAAAA